UGGCACUGCCUCUAGCCCAGAGCAAGCAGCACCCUGCCCACUGCCCAUACAGCACCCUGCCCAUACAGCCCUCACAGCACCCUGCCCACUGCCCAUACAGCCCUCACAGCACCCUGCCCACUGCCCACACAGCCCUCACAGCACCCUGCCCACUGCCCAUACAGCACCCUGCCCAUACAGCCCUCACAGCACCCUGCCCACUGCCCAUACAGCCCUCACAGCACCCUUCCCACUGCCCACACAGCCCUCACACCACCCUGCCCACUGCCCAUACAGCACCCUGCCCAUACAGCCCUCACACCACCCUGCCCACUGCCCAUACAGCACCCUGCCCAUACAGCCCUCACAGCACCCUGCCCAUACAGCCCUCACAGCACCCUGCCCACUGCCCAUACAGCACCCUGCUCAUACAGCCCUCACAGCACCCUGCCCACUGCCCAUACAGCACCCUGCCCAUACAGCCCUCACAGCACCCUGCCCACUGCCCAUACAGCACCCUGCUCAUACAGCCCUCACAGCACCCUGCCCACUGCCCACACAGCCCUCACCAACUGUACAGACACUGAUAAGAGCUCUCUCUCAGGCAGCCACUGCUCUACUCCGAAUGUGGCACCGACAUACGCAGCUCCAUUGCCUUAUCUACUUGUACAGACACAGCAGAAAGUAAAAGACCCCCUCCCCUUUUACAUAUACAAACAGUACUGUGUGAAGUGGCAGACAAUGUAAAACUCCCUUUGCACUUUGUCACCGCGAUAUCCUGUGAGAUACAGCCGGGUAUGAGGCAAAGUCCCUCAGAGACACAUCGCUAUAGAGAUGAGACUCACCGUAGGCUGAGCGGGGCGGCGCCGGUACCACAAGAUUGGGAGAAUGGAAUGUGUCCCCUGUGUGAGGAAUGUGCGCUUUAGAGCCCUGCAGAAAGCCUUGCUCUGCCUCUGCUUCAUCACCUUCCUCCUAUUGUUCGUUAUUAACAGGGAGCAGAUCUUACAGAGGGUCGCUCACAGCUUCCCCGCAAUCAACCCCAGUUAUUAUGAGCUGACUGUGGUAUUAGGAAAUCUGGAAGAUACCAGAAGACAUACAUUUGCACCUAAUAAAAGCUUGAAAGUGGCAACACAAGAAUCAGAGAUACCUAUUAAAUCAAACAAAGAGACUAAAGUGCUACCAGUUUUGACAAACAAGAGAACUGAGCAAUUAGAGUCAGCAAAGCAUUCAAAAACUAACACCAAGCCCCCAACUGUCACCGCAAAGGCUUCCAGAAUCACCUCAAAUCAUUCCAGAAUUAUCAAGUCUCCAAACGUACCCAGAAAUUCUUCCGGAAUUAUUGAGUCUUCUCGUGUGACCAAAGAGAAUUCAGAAAAAGCCAGAGAAAUAUCAACUACUUUUUCUUACCUUGGGGAUGCCUAUGGAUGGGACAACACUUACCUGAACUCGAGCUGCCCAAAUCGCACUAGAGAAAAGCUCAGAAGUGAUACAUUCAAUGGGACAUUUGUGAAGGACAUCCCAAUCUUGCAGUGGAAAAAACAUGCAAUUCUGUCUGAGUACCAGCGACUUAAGAGAUAUUUGGGGACCUACGGAUGGAAGGGUGUAACCUGGCAAGUUCUCAAUGAGACUUUAAAUUUGCUGAACUCUUCACACAGUGGAUACCUAUUUGAUACCUGGAAGGGGCAUUCACCUUGCGUGCGCUGUGCUGUUGUGGGUAAUGGAGGAAUCUUGAAUAAUUCUGGAAUGGGCGCUGAGAUUGACGGACAUGAUUAUGUGUUUAGAGUUAAUGGUGCCAUCACAGAAGGUCAUGAAAAUGAUGUUGGAAAAAGAACUUCAUUCUUCUUCUUCUCCACAAACACUCUGUUUAAUUCACUUUAUGCUUAUAAAAAGUAUGGAUUCCACAAGAUUCCACAUUCACAGGAAACUCGCUUUCUGCUUUUGCCAGACCAUGACAGAGAUUAUCUGUUAGUGCGAGCUGCCCUUACUAACAGUGUCAUUGACAGAGGUAGAGACAAGGGGAAAAGACCAUCAAAUUAUUUUGGUUCCAAUCUCACCACGGAGCAUUUCAAAAUUCUUCACCCGGACUUCAUGCGAUAUCUGCGGAACAGGUAUCUGUGGGACCCAAUCAUAAACACUAAAAACCGGGACAUUUACCGCCCAACUACUGGCGCCUCCAUGCUGCUUUUGGCUGUGCACACGUGUGACCAGGUCAGUGCCUAUGGAUUCAUCACCCCUAACUAUAAGACAUUUUCAGAUCACUACUAUGAUAAGGCCUUCAAAAAGAUUAUAUUCUACGCCAACCACAGUUUUCUAAGGGAGAUGCGACUGUGGCAAAAACUUCAUAACGCUGGGGUAAUAAAGCUCUACAUGAGAGACUGAGUUACUAUGAAGAGGCAGUUUGAAUCUCAUGUGUGAGAGGGUCUCAGAGAAUUCCCAGCAUCCAGGGCCUUGGGUAGACCUGGCAUCAAUGCCCUCUGUCUUGUCCUGCCGUCUAGGCAACUGACAGCAUUCACUACUUUGUCUGUUUCCGCAUCGGAUUCCACAGGCAAAAGUACAUUGGUGAAUUUUAAUGAAUUGUGUCAACAACCAGCAAGUACAUAUACCCUUUGUGAAACCCCCCUAAUUCAAUUUCACUGACUUGGGCAUUCCUUGAUUUCUAUAUUAAUGGAAGGAAAUUUUUUAAGCAGGACACAUUGGGGUUGUAUUUGAUCUAAAUCUGAAUCACUAACUUACUUAAAGCUCAGGUGUACUCUUCUCAAGGAUAAUCAUUUGGAGUGGUUACUGUUAAAAGCACUUUACACUAUUGCAUAGACUAUUGAUUUCAGAUACAGAAAUGUGGUGGGUUUUUUUGUUGUUUUUUGGGGAAUGUAUCACUUUGUAAUACCUCAAGGCUUUUACCAAAUGUUCAUAUAAAACUAUGUCCCAGAUUCAGGAAGAAGGAGAAGAAUUGGAAGACUACAGCACAAACCACCAUGAUAGUAAUUACACAACACCGUAAGAGAGUAUUGAGAAGGGGCAUAAAAUAAUCAGCCUUUCACUUCCCAAUUACCCUGGUGUUAGUCUAGAGCAAUGCUGUCCCAUUUACGGCCUGCACAACCCCUUUGUGUGACCCCCAACCUGUCUGGCUGCUGUGACUGCUUACCUUUGUGUUCAUUUAAAUGGUAUCAGUACUGAGAUUAACUGGCCCCUCAGAUUCAGGCUGUAAUCCCCUGUAUUGUUUAUACAUAUAAUCCUCAGUAUUGUUCGCACCUUCUAGUCCCUGCAUUGUUCACACCUCAGACUCAGGCUGUAAGUCUCUACAUUGUUCUCCUGUUCACAGGUCAGACAAACUGUUGGAGCAGUGCCAGCAUUGUGUCACUGUAUGUACUACCUGCCCUAUGUUGCCUGGGUGCAGGCAUCAUAGGACAGGCAGAAUAUGGCACACAGGCAGCAUAGGGCAGGCAGACUAUGGCGCACACAGGCAGCAUAGAGCAGGCAGAGUAUGGCACACACAGGCAGCAUAGGGCAGGUAGAAUAUGGCACACACAGGCAGCAUAGGGCAGGCAGAGUAUGGCACACACAGGUAGGGUAGAGCAGGAAGAGUAUGGCACACAGGCAGUAGUGUGCCAUACUCUGCCUCCCCUAUGCUGCCUGUGUGUGCCAUAUAUUUAUGGGAUAUUAUGCAGACGUUUACCACAACACUGUGAUUGGACAACUGGUUAGCAGCCUUGUUGGUUCCAAUAUCACAGGGUUGUAAUGUAGUAGAUAGAGAUGUCCCAUCCAUGGUGCCACUUUCUUGUGGUGAAUCCAUUGGUGAUUGAUAUUUUGAGUUCAUACAAUAACAAGUAGAGGUUAAUGAAUAAACAAUUUGACACAGGUAGUUAUUUUGAAGCAGUAACCCACAGCAAACAAACAUGUAUCUUUAAUUUUAGUAUAUUUCAUUAAGAAUAAUGAAAGCAAACAUUUGAUUGGCUGCUGACUGGAUCAGAGCAAACCUUGCCCGACAGGGUGUAAUGUAGUAACAAAGCCUAAGAUGUCAUAUGCAGGGAUGUUAAACAAUGUAUGGGAUCUAUUAUCUGGGAACCCACCAUCCAAAAAGCUCCAAAAUAUGGGAAUAUCAUUUCCUAUAUCCUCCUUUCAAUCAAAUAUUUUUUUAAAUUCUAUUUUUAUAGAAAAUAUUCUGAAUAUAAAAAUGUAUAAAACAUUGUUAAGACAAUAAAGGUUCACUUGUUGGCCAUUU